GGCGGACACCGUUUGCCAGCCAAAGCUGUGUCUCCACGUUCGCCGCCGUAGUAGGGUGCCAAAUUCUACCCUUUUUUUCCACGCUUGCCAUGGCAAGCCGAGGGGUUCGGCAGCGCCUGAAGGGAAGUGGGGGAAGCGGCGGGGAAGCGGCCUCUGCUGCGGACAAGCUGCGGGAGCUGCUGUGCAGCCGGGAGGCGGGCGGCGCGGAGCCCCGGAGCGAGUUAUCUGGGAACAAAGCAGGACAAGUCUGGGCACCUGAAGGAUCAACUGCUUUCAAGUAUCUGCUCUCAGCAAGGUUAUGUGCUGCUCUUCUGAGCAACAUCUCUGACUGUGAUGAAACAUUCAACUACUGGGAACCAACACAUUACCUCAUCUAUGGGAAGGGGUUUCAGACUUGGGAAUAUUCCCCAGUUUAUGCCAUUCGCUCCUAUGCUUACCUGUUGCUUCAUGCCUGGCCAGCUGCAUUUCAUGCAAGAAUUCUACAAACUAAUAAGAUUCUUGUCUUUUACUUUUUACGAUGUCUCCUGGCUUUUGUGAGCUGUAUCUGUGAACUUUACUUUUACAAGGCUGUGUGCAAGAAGUUUGGACUGCAUGUGAGUCGAAUGAUGCUAGCCUUCUUGGUUCUCAGCACUGGCAUGUUUUGCUCAUCAUCAGCAUUCCUUCCCAGUAGCUUCUGUAUGUACACUACAUUGAUAGCCAUGACUGGCUGGUAUAUGGAUAAGACUUCUGUUGCUGUGCUUGGAGUAGCAGCUGGGGCCAUCUUAGGUUGGCCAUUCAGUGCAGCUCUUGGUUUACCUAUUGCCUUUGAUUUGCUGGUCCUGAAACACAGGUGGAAGAGUUUCUUUCAUUGGUCGCUGGUGGCCCUAAUACUCUUUCUGGUGCCUGUGGUGGUCAUUGACAGCUACUACUAUGGAAAGCUGGUGAUUGCACCACUCAACAUUGUUUUGUAUAAUGUCUUUACUCCUCAUGGACCUGAUCUCUAUGGUACAGAACCCUGGUAUUUCUAUUUAAUUAAUGGAUUUCUGAAUUUUAACGUAACCUUUGCUUUGGCUCUCCUGGUCUUACCACUGACUUCUCUUAUGGAGUACCUACUGCAGAGAUUUCAUGUUCAGAAUUUAGGCUACCCAUAUUGGCUUACCUUGGCUCCAAUGUAUAUUUGGUUUAUAAUUUUCUUCAUCCAGCCUCACAAAGAGGAGAGAUUUCUUUUCCCUGUAUAUCCACUUAUAUGUCUCUGUGGCGCUGUGGCCCUUUCUGCACUUCAGAAGUGUUACCACUUCGUGUUUCAGCGAUACCGCCUGGAGCACUAUACCGUGACAUCGAGUUGGCUGGCAUUAGGAGCACUCUUCCUGUUUGGGCUCUUAUCCUUUUCUCGCUCUGUAGCACUGUUCAGAGCUUUGUCCCUUCCAGGGUAUCAUGGGCCCCUUGAUUUGUAUCCAGAAUUUUACCGAAUUGCUACGGACCCAACCAUCCACACUGUCCCAGAGGGCAGGCCUGUGAACGUCUGUGUAGGAAAGGAGUGGUAUCGAUUUCCCAGCAGCUUCCUUCUGCCUGAUAAUUGGCAGCUUCAGUUCAUUCCAUCAGAGUUCAGGGGCCAGUUACCGAAACCUUUUGCAGAGGGACCACUGGCCACCCGGAUUGUUCCUACUGACAUGAAUGACCAGAACCUAGAGGAGCCAUCCCGAUAUAUCUUCAAAGCUGCUGCGGGCGUUCUAUGUCCCCUUCCUGUCAGAUCAGUAUACAGUGUAUGCAAACUACACCAUCCUCAAACCCCGGAAAGCAAAGCAAACCAGGAAGAAAAGCGGAGGUUAGCAACACGCCCGUGGCCCCAAAGGACAGCCAUCGUGUUAACUAGUGACUCCACCGACGGGACUCCCUCCAGGUCUCGCCUGUACCAUUUGUAAUAAAGGCCGUCUGACACGAACACUGGAAUCUGGGUGCUUUGGGCUAGUCAAAGUCAGUCACAUUCACUUCUUGCCUGUGUCUCUGUUCUGCAUGUCACCCUUUGGCAACUAGGCAGAAAAAGACCCUAAAGUGCACGUAGAUAUAUUACACCACAUCUCCUUCUUUUUCUUCUGUUCACUUAUUUACUAGACCGGAGAAGAGCAGAACCAACUUACAGGAAGAAUUGAAAAUCCCUGAACUGGAUGGCUGGGUUAAGCUGUUCUCCACACUCUGGCCUGGCAUCCAAGAACUAGCAAGCCUCUCUUGGGCCAUAUGGGCUUCUCCACCAAAGCUGUUAGGAGUUUGGCAGCUCCUAGCAGACCUUCUUGUUCAAAUCCCAGUGCUGAAAAUGAGCACGCCCUAGUUGCCAUCCUACAUGUCCUUUUCACCUCCAGCAAGACUAAGCUUUUCUAAAGCACUUCACAGGACUAGGACCCUGUCCUGGAGAUAUCUCAGGAAAAAGGCAACCAUGGGAGGAACUGUGACUAAUUUCAUUAUAUAGGAUGCCUCUUGUUUUCAUUUUAUUUCCUUUACAACAAACUAUAACUAUAUGAUUUUUUUUUAA